AUGAUAUUGAUAACAAAUAGUCUGGGCUAUGACCUCGUUGCGCUUAUUGUAACCCUCUUGGCAGGUCUAACAAUAUACUUGAAGUGGAAGUUCUCAUACUUCACAAGAAGAGGUUUAUACGCACCUCCUACCACGUUUCCAUUCGGAAACUCCAAAAGUGUCUUCACAAGACAACACACUUCAGCUGAGUUGUUCAGGGAUAUUUAUUUUGACAUAAAAUCCAGAGGACUAAGGCAUGGAGGAGCAUAUUUCUUGUUACAGCCAUUUUAUAUUCCGGCUGAUCUCAACAUUAUGAAAUCAAUUAUGCAGACUGAUUUCCAACACUUUAUGAAUCAUGGCGUAUUUUCUAAUGAAGAAGGCGACCCAUUAAGUGCAAAUUUAUUCUCGAUAGAAAAUGAAAAAUGGAAGAAUCUUCGUGCGAAGCUAACGCCGACUUUUACUUCAAGUAAAAUAAAGAUGAUGUUCAACACAUUAGUUGAAUGUACUGCUGGAUUAAAAGACAUGCUGAACGAACAUUCGCAAGACAACACGCCAAUUAACAUCAAAGAGACGUUGCAAAGGUUUACCAUUGAUAUAAUUGGUUCAGUUGCUUUUGGAAUUGAGUGCAACAGUAUGAAGAAUCCUCAUUCAGAAUUUGUUAAAUACGGAAGACGAGUCUUCGAAUUAAAUACAACUGAAGCCAUUAAGAACAUCGCUCAAUUAGCCUUCCCCCACAAACUUCUCUUAUGGCUGAAUUUUAAGGUUUUCAACAAAGAAGCCACGUCAUUUUUCAUGGAUGUUGUUAAGAAAAAUGUAAAUUACAGGGAGAAAAACAACAUUUACAGAAAAGAUUUUAUGCAUUUGCUGUUACAACUGAAGAAUCGCGGAAAGGUGUAUGAUGAUGAGAAAUUAACAAAUGAUGCUGGAGAUAUUAAAGAAGAUGCCCUAACAUUCAAUGAACUCGCGGCUCAAGCUUUCGUCUUCUUUAUAGCUGGAUACGAAACUUCUUCUACAGCAAUGACUUUUGCAUUAUAUGAACUUUCAACUCGUCCUGAUAUUCAGCAGAAAAUUAGAGACGAAAUCCAUGAAGUUUUGGAAAAACACGACAACAAACUUACGUAUGAAGCAGUAAAAGAUAUGACAUAUUUAGAACAAGUCAUUCAUGAGUCACUUAGAAAAUAUCCUCCAGCGCCUUUCAUACCAAGAGUAUGCAACAAAACAUAUAAAGUACCCGGAACUGAUGUGGUAAUUGAAAAAGGCACCAUGGUUGCCAUUCCUGUUUUAGGGAUACACAAUGAUCCGGAAAUCUAUCCUAAUCCCGAAAAUUUUGAUCCCGACAGAUUUUCUUCGGACAAUAAGGCAAAAAGACAUCAAUUGGCAUGGAUACCUUUCGGUGAAGGACCACGGAUCUGCAUAGGACUUCGAUUUGGAACUUUGCAAGCUAAAAUUGGUUUAAUAACUUUACUUAAGAACUACAAAGUUUCACUUAACAAUGAAACUCCUAACCCUAUUAAAUUUGAUACAAAAUCUUUCGGCGUUUUAGCAGUUGAUGGUAACAUAUGGCUUAAUGUUGAAAAAUAUGUUUGAGAAUGUUAUUUUUCGUUAUAUAUAUUGGAAAUAAAUCAGC